UGGACAAGGAACAAGUGUUAUUGUAUGCGAUUGGUUUAUGAGAUAUUUGAGCAAUGAGGUUCUUAGCGAGCCUGUUGAUUUGCAGCUGGGCUGUGUUGGUUACACCGGCUCCGGAAUAUCUGCGUAGUUACCAAAGAUCAUAUACUUCAUCUACUUCAAAUGGUCCACCAAAGUACAAAACUAUGGUUUCUCAAAUGCAAGGAGCGUUAAAGAAAUCUUUAGCCCAGCAGUGUGGUUCUCGAACUAGUUGUCGCACUUAUUACUCAAGUUCUCAUGAAGGAAGCAGCAGUAAUACAAAUACAGAUAGUACAACCAAUUAUAAUGAUCAAUUGAUGGCGAGUUUAAGACAAAAGGUAGAGUCACAGAGUAGCUAUUCCUCAUCUACUCCAGAUGUUCCAACAGAGUACAUAAAUAUGGAUCCUCAAGUGCAAGAAGCAAUAAAGAAGUCUUUAGCGCAGCAGAGCGGUUAUAGAACUAGUUAUAGCCGCACUUAUUCCUCAAGUUCUCACGAAGAAAGCAGCAGUAAUACAAAUACAGAUAGUGUAAACAAUUAUAAUGAUCAAUUGAUGGCUAGUUUAAGACAAAAGUUAGAGUCACAGGGUAAUACCGCUACUAGUUCAUCUAGAUAUACUACAAGCCAAAGUAGCCCAGGUUAUACAAGGACGACGUAUUCAUACGUCAAACCACAAACAUAUGUUACUGGGACUGAUCAUCAAGUUAAUACCCACAAUUUGGAACACGAUAGAGAGCAAGAUAAAAAUAGCGACGAACAACGUUUAGUACCAGGUGGGUAUUCUCGGACAACAAGUUUUUCUCGUACUGGAUCUUCAAGCCAUAGUUCAAGUCAAAACAGACCAGGAUACGUAAGGAGAACUUACACUUCAUCUAGUUCUUUUGGAGAACCUAAUUCACAAUUUAUCAAUAGCGAAAAUAAAAGGACUGAGAGCACUCCUCAUGUGCAUGAUGACAAAUGUGAACAUGAUGUAGAACAAGAAAAUAAUGCGCAGGACACCGACAACUUAAACCAACAUGGAACAUCAGGAUAUCGUCGCACAACCUAUUCUAGUUCUAGUUCAACAAGCUAUAAUUCAAGCAGAAAUAGACCACAAUAUACAGUAACAAGUUAUCAUUCUACAUCGAAUUUAAAUUCAAAUCGCGAUUCACAAGUAGGCGUUACUGAAAAUCAGGAAAACAAUGAAAAUCAUGAGCAUCGCCUUGAAGAUAACAGUGAUGAAGAUGAUGAUGGACAACGUAUUGUAAAUGCAGGACAAUAUUCAAAAACUACCAAUUCCUCGAGAACAGUAAGCCAUUCUAGUUCUAGUUCAACAAACUAUAAUUCAAGCAGGAAUAGACCACAAUAUACAGUAACAAGUUAUUAUUCUACAUCAAAUUUAAAUUCAAAUCGCGAUUCACAAGUAGGCCUUACUGAAAAUCAGGAAAACAAUGAAAAUCAUGAGGAUCGCCUUGAAGAUAACAAUGAUGAAGAUGAUGAUGCACAACGUAUUGUGAAUGCAGGACAAUAUUCAAAAACUGCCAAUUCCUCGCAAACAGUAAGCCAUUCUAGUUCUAGUUCAACAAGCUAUAAUUCAAGCAGAAAUAGACCACAAUAUACAGUAACAAGUUAUCAUUCUACAUCGAAUUUAAAUUCAAAUCGCGAUUCACAAGUAAGCCUUACUGAAAAUCAGGAAAACAAUGAAAAUCAUGAACAUCGCCUUGAAGAUAACAAUGAUGAAGAUGAUGAUGCACAACGUGUUGUGAAUGCAGGACAAUAUUCAAAAACUGCCAAGUCCUCACAAACAGUAAGCCAUUCUAGUUCUAGUUCAUCAGGUUUUAGUUCAACGCACAGUAGACCAGGAUAUACAAGAACAACUUAUCACUCUACUAGCUCAUAUGGAACACCGCACUCAAGUGUUAUAAAUAAAAGUGGCAAUAAAGACAAUGAUGGUAAUCUUCACAUUCAUAGUGAAAACUGUGAACAUGACAUAGAAAAAAAUAAUGAUGAUACUAAUAAUAAUCCAAAUUCUCAAAACGCGAACCAACAAGGAACAUCUGGUUAUAGUCGCACAGUGAGUUAUUCUGGUUCUAGUUCAGCCAGCCACAAUACAAACCGUAACAUAGAACAAUAUUCUGGGACAAGAUACAACUCUGUAACUGAUUCAAGCACAAGUUCCUAUUCCGAUGUGGGUAGUGCUUUAAAUAAACAAGAAAAUAAUAGCGCUGAUCAUAUUCAUAGCGAUAAAUGUGAACAUGAUAUAGAAAAAAACAGUGUUGAUGAUGACGAGCAAAGCAUUGUAGACAAAGGGCAACGUACGCAGACUUCAGGUUUCACUCGUACAACAAGUUACUCUGAUUCUGACUUAUCAAGCACUGGUUCAACUCAUUAUAGACCCGGAUAUACAAGAACCACUUAUCAUUCGUCUAGUUCAUAUGGAACGCAGAAUUCCAAUAAUGGCGAUGGCCAAGAUAAUGCAGGUAAACUUCAUGUUCAUAGUGAAAACUGUGAACAUGACAAGGAAAACAGUAGUGAUUUAAAUGGAAGUGAGAAUCAUGCGCAAAAUGUUGGAAGGCAUAGAAUUACGAGUUACUCUCAUACGGUCAGUUCGAAUUCUAGGACAACUGGUUUUAACUCGAGCCAAAAUCGCCAAGGGUAUGCUGAAACAACUUAUAAUUCAAUGACGCAUGGACAACCAUAUACGAUUACAAACAAUAAUCAGAGCAAUGAAGAUAGUGAUGAAGGUAAUAAACAGCAUACACAAAACGCAGGACAGCAUUCACAAUCAGCAGGGCAUGCUCAAACAAUAAGCUAUUAUCGUGCUGGAUCUUUUAUUCGAAAUUCAAGUCAAUCCGAACUAGGAUAUUCAGAAAGUACUAGUUCAAUAGAUACCAAUAACAGUCAGCAAAACAAUAGUGUACAUGGUGGCAGUUUUGAACAUGGUAAGAAUACUGUAGAACAGACAACUGAAAAUUUACAACAAAAUUCACAUACUAGAGGCAAUUAUGGAACAACAAGUCAAUCUCAUUCUACUUCAUCACGCUAUACUUCAAACCAAAAUAGACCGGGUUACACAAUAACAAGUUAUCACUCCACUAGCUCUUAUGCAAAACCAAGUACACAAAUCACUGAAAAUAAUCAAGAUACUACUGAUCAUAUACAUGACGAAAAUUGUGAACAUGGCAACAAUGAAGAUUAUGAAAAUCAUCAAGAGCAGGACAUUGGACAACAAUCAAUAUCAACAGGGCAUUCUCACACCGGUUUAACAAGAUACACUUCAAGUCAUACUAGUUCAGAACAUAGGACCGCAAGUAAUUAUGCACGAAAUACAACUGAGAAAAAUAUCAAUAAAGAAGAAGGAAGUGAUGAGAAUUCUAGCGAAGAAGACGAAUAUGACAGUGCCGGUAAUAGUAAUGAUAAAAGAAAUAAGCCUGGUGGUAAGGGCUGGAAAAAAUAUUAUUGGGAGAAAGAUUUUAUUCCACCAGGACAUCGUAAUAAACCGCAUCCUCGCGGCCAUGCUUACGGGCAUAGAAAUAGAGGCCAAACUACAUCUUAUUCUAGAUAUAAUUCCAAUUAUGGUGAACACCGUGGGCCAAAUCGAUAUAAUGUUACAACAACAACGUAUUCAUCAAGUCGUCCAGGCUACGUACCAUCACGUUAUUCCACAUCUGGAUCAAGAUACAAUGAUGGCGGUAGAACCACGUACACCUACUCCUCAGGUGGAGUAAGGUAUAGUACUAGUAAUAGAAAUUCAAGUACAACGGCAACUGACGCUUCACAGAAUGUUUAUGAAGACAAAGACACACAAUUUGCACGAGAAGUUGAUGGUACAGGGUUUGAACACGGUAGUUAUGACACUAAUACUGGAACCAGUGUAAUUGAUUCUGAUUCUAGACACAGUUCAAAUAGAAGUACCUUUGAAUACACACAGCAAAACUCUCAUAGCAAUAAUAAUGUAUCUACACAUUCAGGAUCUACAGGCUACGUGCCAUCACGUUAUUCCACGUCUGGAUCAGGAUACAAUGAUGGCGGUAGAACUACUUACACGUACUCCUCCGGUGGAGUAAGGUAUAGUACCAGUAACAGAAACUCUAGUACAACGGCAACUGACGCUUCACAGAAUGAUUAUGAAGACGAAGACACACAAUUUGCACAAGAAGUUGAUGGUACAGGGUAUGAACACGGUAGUUUUGACACUAAUACUGGAACUAGUGCAAUUGAUUCUGAUUCUAGACACAGUUCAAAUAGAAGUACCUUUGUAUCUACGCAUUCAGGAUCUACAAGUACUACCCAAAUGAUCAAUACGAAUAUUGCUAGUGAUAAUGGUUCAGUGUUCUCUCAAGAAACUCAAAACCAAAAUAUACAAAAAGCAAAUACUGAACACAUUUCUGCAGGUACGAAUAGUGAGGAGAACAAACAUCGUUCAAAUGUUUCUUUGCACAGUGGGUCAAAAACAACCAAUUCGUCGUAUACAAUUGUAAGCCAGUAUUCACAGAGCAGUCAUGAAAGUAAUAGUGCAAAACACAAAGUAAAAACAGCUUCAUCAUCAGACGAAGAUAGUUAUGAAAUACUUGACCAACGCACAGAAAAGUACGAAGCAACAAAUAAUAGUGGCGAUACAUUUUUUGAAAAUCAAAACAUAGUUUCAAAUAAUUAUGCAUCUACAUCAAAAAUCGUAGAAGAGUCAAGCGAACAUUCACAACAACAAAAAAAUGUCGUCGACAAAACCAACGGUAAUGAUUUGCAUUAUAUUACUAAUUAUAAUCAACAAAUCAUCAAUCAAUAUAAUAAUGACGACUUGCAUAAAUUUAAAAAUACAAGUGAGAGCGCUCAUAUUUCCUCAAUAAAUAGUACAUCAUCAGAGGAAAGUAAGCAAUUCGUCAUAAGUCAUUUUACAAAUAAAUCUGCCGAACAUAAGUCUGAUAAUUAUGCAUCUGCAAACAAUCAGCAGUUCAAUUUGCAACAAAACAAAGAAAAUAUUAAUAUUAAUAAAAGUGCAACAAACUUGAUCGAAAGUACAACUUUCACCAAAUAUAAUUUUAGUAGUAGUGAAGAAAUGAAUGAACAAUUACAAUCAGGCUCAUUACAAAUUUCGCAACAAGUUUUGGAUUCUUUAGUUGGUUCUUCUCAAAAUCCAGAUCAACAAACAGAUUUUACAACUAAUAUAAAUUCAGGCCCUAAUCGUUAUGUCACAUCUGAACCAGUUCGUUACCAGUAUCGACCUACUAACUUCAAAGGUGAUGCUCUUUCAAGCCAUGAUUUCCUCGAAAAUGAAAAACACAAAUCAAAUUCUGAAAUAAAUAAUGCAUCUAUAGAUAGAAAUUAUCAGCAACAAUAUGGUAGCCAUGAACGUAACUCGAGUGAUAUGCGAUCGACAUCUUCUAUAAGUUAUUCAUCUCAAAAUGUAAGUGGUCAAUAUCAUGUAAUAAAUAUGAAUUCUGGAAAAAAUUAUUCAUCUUCUAGUAAUAUGGCUUUGAAUUCUGAGUCAACCGAAGCGGAUACUCAACAAAAAGUUAUAAAUCAAUUCUACUCUCAUGAUAAUAGUUCAAGUAAUAACCAAUACAUAUCAAAUCAAGAAAAUACACAUCAAAAUAUUUUGAGAAAUGGAACCAAUCAAAAUAUCACAAUGAACAAAACCGUUACUUCUGGUUCCACGAGCUACACUUUUAGUAGCAGCGAAGAAAGCAAAACAACUGCAUCACAAUCAGUUUCAUCUGAAUUAUCGCAUACUAGUAAUGAAAGAAAUAAUUAUGAUACUAACGGAAAUCAGUAUUUUACACAAACUUCACCUGGUGUUAUAAUAACUCCUAAACCAAUUCCAAUGCGCUAUCAGUAUCAAACUUCUACUACUGAAAGCUACUCAAACGAAGAUGAUGAUCUGCAAAAACAGAUGUCGGGGUAUAUAUUUGAAGAUAAAUCUCAUACAAGAGAUUCUCAAAGGACUCAUUCUAGUUUAUCCGUUAGUUCUAGUGAACAAAAUAUAAGACAACACACAUCAGAAUAUCAAUAUAAUCGCGAGCAACAAAAUACUGAGACUAAAGAUUUGGAACAAAAUAUUUAUUUCAAAACAACGACUCCUACAACUUUAGAAACUUCUGACCCAUUUGCAAAACCAAGUUCUUUAGUGAACGAGCACAGGGUUGAAUCUGGAAGUUAUGAGGAUUCUGUUUCACAAGUCGAUACAGAUGAAUUAUAUGGUCAGUCAACGUAUAAAAAUUCUAUAUCAAUUUCAUCUACGACGAGUCAUCCAUUUGAUAAUGAUCAAGGUGUAUCACAAGGUAGCUCCGCAACAUCACAUCAAAAAAGUAAUGGUGCGUUUUCAUUAACCUAUCAGUCGUUCAACGGCACAAAUAUCAAUAGAGAAAAUUAUAAUACAAUGCACCAAAAUCAAACAGUAAAUACUUUGCACAAAUCUACAAAUUCAUCCAGGAGUUACACACAAAGUAGUGAAGAGCAUUCAAUUAAUUCCAAUGCAGUUGAUGAAGUAAAAAAGGCAAAUCAAAUGUCCCACGUUGUAAACACGAAUGCCAAUAAAUUUAAUGAAAGUCAAAGUGCAAACAAAACAGUUACUACAACAUUUACUACGUAUGUAAUUAGUAGUGAUGAAGAAAGAAGAAAGCAUGAUUUGGAAUCAUCUAAAAUUUAUUUCUUUGAAGACAACGAUAUCAAACAUUAUUAUUCUACUACACCAAAAUACCAGCAUUAUGGACAUGCAUCUAACAAUUAUGAUAAACAAACACAUCAUUCAUAUUCUGGCACUACAAAUCAAGGAAGCACUACACCUAAACCAAUGAGAUAUCAACAACAAUCAGUGAGUUCAGAAAAUCAUUCUACUGAAGAUGAGCAAAAGCACUUACAAGGACAAACAAUUUCAACAAAUUCUCAAUAUCAAACUAAGGAAAACUUAAAGAUUGCGGAUCAUACAACAAAUUCUCAUGGCACAAAUGCUAAUGUAAUACACGAUUCCGAUGAAAAUCACUCAAUUAUAGAUGCUUCGAAUGAUUUAAAUGAAGUAAACCAAGUCAAAAACGUUCAUAAUAUUACUUUUAAUCACAGUCAAGCAACUAAUAAAACAGUUACAACAAGCUACACUACACAUACAUUCAGUAGUAGUGAGAAAAGAAAACAAUACGAGUCUCAAUCUGGAUCAACAAUAUAUAAUUCGAACGUUAAUUCUGAUAAUAACAGAAAUACUGGAUCUCAACAGCAAACUACAAUUCAGCAUAUAAAUGAUCCUUAUACCAACCCUAAACCAAUUCGUUACCAGCAACAGCCUCAGACUUUGGAAGGUGACUCUUCUGAAGAAGACGACCAACUAGUACAAAUGCCAGAAAGUGUUUUAGAAAGUGAAGAAAAUAAACAUAUUUCAGGAGCAACAUAUGACAAAACCAAUAAUCAGGAUUCAAAUAAAGUAAACCAAAUUGGAAACGUUCAUAAUACUGUUUUUAAUCACAGCCAAGCAACUAAUAAAACAGUUACUACUGGCUAUACUACACAUACAUUCAGUAGUAGUGAAGAAAGAAAAAGAUACGAGUCUCAAUCUGGAUCAACAAUUUAUAAUUCGAACGUUAAUUCUGGCAAUAACAGAAAUACUGGAUCUCAACAUCAAACUACAACUCAUUAUAUAAACUAUCCUAAUUCCAAACCUAAGCCAAUUCGUUACCAGCAACAGCCUGAAAGUUUGGAAGGUGACUCCUCUGAAGAUGACGACCAACAAGUACAAAUGCCAGAAAGUGUUUUCGAAAGUGGAUCACAAAUUAAAACUACUAUUGUAAAUAAUACCGGAUCAUCCCACAGUGAAGAAAAUAAACAUAUUUCAGGAGCAACAUAUGACAAAACUAGUAAUCAAAACGUAAAUCAACAAAUAUUUGGAUCCAGCUCAAAAGCUAACAUAAACUAUGAAGAAAUUUAUAACCAAGGUAGCAGCACUGAAGGCAGAUUAAAUAAAUCAAAUAAAAAUCACUCAACUUUAGUUACUAAAGAAAACCAAAUUGACAAUGUUCAUAAUACUAAUCUAAAUCACAGUCAAGUAACUAAUAAAACAGUUACUAUUGGCUAUACUACACAUACAUUUAGUAGUAGUGAAGAAAGAAAAAGAUACGAGUCUCAAUCAGGAUCAACAAUUUAUAAUUCGAACGUUAAUUCUGACAAUAACAAAAAUACUGAAUCCCAACAGCAAACUACAAUUCAGCAUAUAAAUGAUCCUUAUACCAAACCUAAGCCAAUUCGUUACCAGCAACAGCCUCAGACUUUGGAAGGUGACUCUUCUGAAGAAGACGAUCAACAAGUACAAAUGCCAGAAAGUGUUUUUGAAAGUGGGUCACAAAUAAAAACUACUGUUGUAAAUAAUACCGAAUCAUCCCAUAGUGAAGAAAAUAAACAUAAUUCAAGAGAAACCUAUGACAAAACCAAUAAUCAAAACGCAAAUCAACAAAUAUCUGGAUCCAGCACAGAAGCAAACAUAAACUACGAAGAGAUUCAUAACCAAGGUAGCAGCACUGAAGGCAUAUCAAAUCAAUCACAUAAACAUCACUCAACUACAAUUACAUCAAAGGAUUCAAAUAAAGUAUACCAAGUCGGUAACGUUCAUAAUACUACUUUUAAUCACAGCCAAACAACUAAUAAAACAGUUAGUACUGGCUAUACUACACAUACAUUCAGUAGUAGUGAGGAAAGAAGAAAAUACGAGUCUCAAUCAGGAUCAACAAUUCAUAAUUCGAACGUUAAUUCUGACAAUAACAGAAAUACUGAAUCUCAACAGCAAACUACAAUUCAGCAUAUGACUUAUCCUAAUACCAAACCUAAGCCAAUUCGUUACCAGCAACAACCUCAAACUUUCGAAGGUGACUCUUCUGAAGAUGACGACCAACAAGUACAAAUGCCAGAAAGUGUUUUCGAAAGCGGGUCACAAAUUAUAACUACUAUUGUAAAUAAUACCGGAUCAUCCCAUAGUGUAGAAAAUGAACAUAUUUCAGGAGCAACAUACGACAAAACUAAUAAUCAAAACGCAAAUCAACAAAUAUCUGGAUCCAGCACAGAAACUAACAUAAACCACGAAGAGAUUUAUAACCAAGGUAGCAGCACUGAAGGCAUAUCAAAUCAAUCACAUAAACAUCACUCAACUAAAGUUACAUCUAAGGAUUCAAAUAAAGUGAACCAAAUCGGAAACGUUCAUAAUACUAUUUUUAAUCACAGUCAAGCAACUAAUAAAACAGUUACUACUGGCUAUACUACGCAUACGUUCAGUAGUAGUGAAGAAAGAAAAAGAUACGAGUCUCAAUCAGGAUCAACAAUUUAUAAUUCGAACGUUAAUUCUGAUAACAACAGAGAUACUGGAUCUCAACAGCAAACUACAAUUCAGCAUAUGACUCAUCCUAAUUCCAAACCUAAGCCAAUUCGUUACAAGCAACAGCCUCAGACAUUGGAAGGUGACUCUUCUGAAAAAGACGACCAACAAGUACAAAUGCCAGAAAGUGUAUUUGAAAGUGAUUCACAAAUAAAAACUACUGAAGAUCAAUCUGGAUCAUAUUUUGUCGAGGUAAAUAACCAAAAUACAAAUCAACAUUCAUCAGGAUCAGAAACAAUUUAUCAGCAAAAACAAAAAGAACAUAUUCAACUUAAAAAUCAUACAAGUCACAAUUCUGAUUAUACUGAACAAACAACAAAACAUGAUUCUGAAGAAGAUGAAUCUUCAGAAGAAAAUACUCAACAACAAGUACAGUACGUAGAUUUUGAUCAAUUAGCAAAUAAUGUAAAUAAUAAAAUUACAUCAACAACUGACCGUACAAACGUGCACAGACAUGAAGAAACUACUAAAACUGCUGCACAAAAUAAUAUUGUAAAUGAAUUUGAAUCUGGUCAAACGUCUACAAGUAGUACUGGUCAAUAUUCUUCAAUUCUAAUAAACCAAAAUACAAACGAGAAUAUAGAUAUCUUGAAUCAACACACUCAGUCUUCGGAAGAUGACAAUCAACAACAAAUUCAAUACAUAGAUUUUGAUGAUUUGGCAAAUUAUGUAAAUAAUGAAAUUAAAUCUACAACUGAUCAUACAUACAUUAAUAGUUUGGACGAAACAAAAACUUCUACACAAACAAGUAGUACUGGACAAUCUUCUAUUUUAAUAAAUCAAAAUGCAAAUGAUAUUAUAGAUGCUAAUUCAAAUAUUGCAUAUUCUCAAGGAAUUAAUCGAACUAGUAGUGCAAGUUCUGUGAAUUACAUUAGUAGCAGCAAAGAAGAAACGAGACAUAAAUUUGUAUCUUCUGAAUUCGUAUCACAAAGCUCAAGUGAAGAACGUCAAAAACAUGUUCAAGGUGGAUAUCAUCAUUCUACACAAAAUUCCUAUACAUCUACUCAAAAAGAUAUAAGACCUAAACCAGUUCACUAUCAAAACCGACCAACUACUUUAGAAACUUUCUCAACGGAUGAUCACAACCAACAAAUGCAGGUGUCCGAAAGUUCAGAAAAACAAACUGCGCAAGUCAAUGUAAUCAAUCAUCACAGUACAAAUGAGAAUUUGGUACAUCAAACAAAUCAACAAUCGUCUGAAAAUAUCCAACACCAAUAUAUUCACAAUUCCAAUGAGAAUUCAAAUGAACAAUAUCAAUAUCAAUUAAAACCAUUCACUACACCCAAAACUCCACAAACUUCAGACUUCAGCACCAGUGAAGAAAAUGUGCAGCAAGUUGUUCAAAAUGUAGAUUUUGAUUCUCAAAAUGCAUAUCACAAGGAAACUGGUGCAAAUACUUUGGUCAACAAUCAACAUAACCAACAAUAUAUAACAGAAGAUAUUGCAGAUCAUAUACCUGAUAUUGUUGAAGUAAAUACAGAUGAUUUAGAAUAUAUUAGUAAGGAAAAAGAAGAUCAGCAACAACACAUUGAAAAUAGUUUUGAUAGUUUGAAACAAAAUAUUACAACAGACAAAACAGUAUCGCAUAGCGAGGACGAUGAUGAACAACAACACAUUGUAAAUGAAUUUGAUAUUUUGAAUCAAGAUAAAAUUACAGAUAAGCAUGAAACAGAGUCACAUGUUGUAAAUAAUAAUAAUUCAAACAUAGGUCAUCAAAUAGUCGAAACACAUUCUACUUAUUCUGUUUCUAAUUCUCAUAAUAUUAAUAUUGAUUCUACCAAUGACUUACAUGAUGUAAAUAAUUUACAUUCCAACAAGUCUAGAGAAAAUCAAUUAAUAAGUGGAGCAGUUGAAACAUCAGCACAUUCUGUGGAUAGUACAAUAACAACUGGUUCAAAUACAUAUUCUGGCUCUAAUACAAAUAUUGACAAACAAUUUAUAGAAAAUCAGCAUAAUACAAGUGACAAUAGUGCUAAUAACAAGUAUCACAGCAAUAGUCAAAAUUUUGCAUCUGGAAGUAUGCAUCAUUCUAGUUCAACAAUAAAUAUUGACGAUAACCAGCAUGGCGAUAAUACUGUCGGAAAUACCCAUGGCACAACGCAUAAUUCUAAUAUUGUGCGACAAUUCAGUACAAAUUAUAGUCAAGUACAAGAAAGCAGUUCAAGCAGCGUUGAACAUACAGUACAUCAAACAAGCUCUAAUUUCCAUAAUAUUCAUUCCGACAAUAAAUUCCAGACAAAUAACCAACACGUGCAGGAAAACUACAAUGAUAAUAUUUCAAAGAAAAACAAUGAUCGAACGGUUACUGGAAGUAGCAAUCAAGGUACCAUAUCUACUUUUGUUACAACGCACCACUCAGGUUCAUCUGUUGAUUCUAGCAAUAAUAAAUUUGUUGUAAGCUCCUCCGAAAAUGAGUAUCAAGAAUCAGCACAUAUUUCAGAGAACUUGCAAACCACUUCUGAAAGUCCAAACACGAAUGCAGUCAAUCAAGGACAGAGCACAAUAUCCAGUUCUAGUACUAAAGGUACUACAUCAACAUUUGUUACAACGCAUCAUUCCAGUUCUUCUGUAGAUUCCGGAAAUAAUCAAUAUGAUAGCAGCUCCUCUGGAAAACAGUAUCUGCAACCAGCACAUAUUUCGGAAAACUUGCAAACUUCUUCUGAAAAUCCAAAUACAAAUACAGACGAUCAAAGGCAUUACAGCACUAUAUCCGGUUCCAAUACUAAAGGUACCACGUCAACAUUUGUUACAACGCAUCAUUUUAGUUCAUCUGUAAGUUCCGGUAAUAAUCAGUAUGAUGGCAGUUCAUCAGGAAGUCACUACCAGCAACCAUCACAUAGUUCAGCCAAUUUGAAAACCACUUCUGAAAACCCAAAUGUGAAUACAGUCGGUCAAGUGCAUAAUACAAUUUAUGGAUCAAAUUCUGUGCAUCAAACCUUUACAAAGUUUGAAGAAGGACAAGAAAGCAGUUCACAUAGUGCAGAGUAUAAGGAGCACCAUAUAAAUUCAAACUCUUUUGCUAAUACUGAUGAUGAUUUCGAAACAGAUAAUCAGCAUAUAUUAGUAGAUCAGUCUAUCGAUAGAAAUAUUGAGAAUGAAAAUCAUGGUCAGUCAGGGCAUGAAAUUAAUAUUCACAAUACUGCAUCAAGUUCGACUUUAGUAACCGGCAAUAACCGGCAUGAAAAUAUUAAUUAUCAGCAUCCAAAUCCUCUUGAUCCUCAUGCUGGAUCACACAUGAAUAUCGACAACAAAGAGCACGUUAUUUCUAGUUCUUCUACCGUGUACGAAACUAGUAUAAAUUCUACUAAUGUACAUGACAUAAAUCAAGACGUAAACCAACGACCAUUGCAUCCGUCUGAAACCACGUAUGCUACUGUAGAACAUGGUUCAAAUAUUAAUACCGGUAGUACUACAUAUGAUGCAAGUUCUGGUACAUAUGUGUAUGAUAAUAACCAGCAUAGAUAUCCUAUCCAUUCACAAACUUACAACAGGCCCGACACCAAUAUAGUGUCUGCUAACACAGGUCACAAUAAUCAGCAACAAGUUAAUUACAAUAAUCAACAUCCAGCACAGACUGUUGGAGACAUUCCUACGAGUCCUCAAUAUCCAGGAAUUACUACUGGAAAUACUAUGCAUAGCUUAAACUCUAACGCUGGUACAACAGGUUACAAUUAUCAACAUCAAGGUUACAAUUAUCAACAUCAAGUUUACAAUCAUCAACAGGUACACAACCAUCAACAACCAGCACAGACUGUUGUUGGUGGAACACCUACAAAUCCUCAACACUCAGGUAUCACUACUGGAAAUACUAUGCACGGCACAAGUUCCAACGCUGCUAAUACAGGUUACAAUUAUCAACAUCAAGUUUAUGAUCAUCAGCAGGUUCACAAUCAACAACCAGCGCAGACUGUUGUUGGUGGAACUCCUACAAAUCAUCAACAUUCAGGUAUUACUACUGGAAAUGCUAUGCACGGCGCAAGCUCUAGCGCUGCUAAUACAGGUUACAAUUAUCAACAAAUCUAUAAUCACCAACAAGUUAAUAAUAAUCAACUACCAACAACUACCACCCAGCCUAUUGGAGGAACUCCUACUAUUCCUCAAUAUCCAGGUAUCACUACUGGAAAUACUAUGCAUAGUACAAGUUCCACAGGUCAUCAAUACGGCGGAUAUCACAACGUAUAUCCCAAUGCAGGUCAACCUAAUUAUCACCAAGUAUCUGGUAUAAAUUCAGGUUCGGCUACAUACCAUACCAGCUCUAGUCAUGGAACAACUCAAACUACAGGUUAUAGUAAUCAACAAACAGGAUAUCCCAUAAGUCAACAUGCUACUUCUAAUUAUGAUCAAGUUAACCCCGGUACUGUACCCAUGCAGCAUACAAGAGAGUACCACAUGAGACAAAAUCCGCAAACAACUAAUUAUCAUACUGGCCAAAUGCAUCACACACGCGAAUAUCACAUGGGACCGACCCAUCAUACACGGGAAUAUCAUAUGGGACCUCAGCAUACUCGAGAAUAUCACAUGCGACCCCAACAUACUCGUGAAUAUCAUAUGGGAUCAUCGUACGAUGGAAGAGAUCGGCAUCGUACGGAUCAAAUGCACCAUACUAGAGAAUAUCAUUCGAGACCCUAUUAUCGUGGUAGAGAUUAUCGCAGGCGCGGUGGCCGCUAUCCAAAUCGCGGACGCACGACACAUAUUACAAAAAUAUAUCAUCAUUACAUAGUACCAGGAACAAAUCGUCAUGAGGAUGGAUCUGAAUGCACACACGAUGAACAUCAUAAGCACACUCACAAUGUACAACACGGAUCUCAUACCGUUACAAGUUCAGGAACAAACCAGUACGAGUACCAACAUCAUUUGAAGCCAGGAACAAAUUUACAUGAAGAUGGUACAGAAUGCAAUCACGAAGAAGGUACAAAAUAUGAUGAUACUGAAGAUCGACAAUAUGAAGAAACAAAUUAUCAUGUAAAACCUGGCACAAAUGUUCAUGCAGAUGGUACUGAGUGCAACCAUAGUGAAGAUGAGAAACAUAAACUGAAUGAAGAUGAUUAUGCAGAAAAUGAAGAAAGUACAAUAUAUGAUGUUGAUGUAGAAACCACAACAGAACUACCAGACUACACAAAAUUAGAAACACUAGGACAUGUUCUGGAAACAACAAGCGAAAGACUCAACAAAAAUCAACAACAACAGCAACAAAUAACAGAUGGAGUAAUUGAUUCUCGUAAUGAUCAGCUCAUAGAAUUUAUCAAUAGAAAACGCAAUGAAACCAGAACAACUUCAACAACGGUACAAGAGUCCAGGAGUUUCAAUUCACAACAUACAGAACGAAGAAGUGAGUCGUCCAAUGCAGCGUAUACAGCAGCCUCAUCGCAACAAAACUCGAGAGAGUAUAGCAAUGAGAGAAUGAUUGCUUCAAAUUCUUCAACAACACACCAUACAUCAUCUCAAGAAAGAUUAAGAAGCAGUUAUACUGAUAAUGGUGCAUAUAGAAGAGGUGAUCAGCCGGUUAGAGAUGAUGAUAAGGACGAUCAAGGCCAAGUUACUCAACAGCUAGUCGAUCCUAAUUUUGAUGUAGGACAAACACAACAGCAAUCUAGCGCAAACAGAGAACAAAUUUACGCAUCAAACUCAUAUGGAAGUAGAACAUCAAAUUUAGAUGUUAUGCAUGGCAGUCGACAAAUACAGCAAUUCCAAACAGAAAAUCUUGAGGACUUGGGGCAACAACAAGUUUUCGCGCAAAGCAGUAUUCAUAAUACUCAAUCAGGCGGAAGAAAUGAUAAUGAGGACGAUCAAGGCCAAGUUACUCAACAGCUAGUCGAUUCUAAUUUUGAUGUAGGACGAACACAACAGCAAUCUAGCGUAAACAGAGAACAAAUUUACACAUCAAACUCAUAUGGAAGUAGAACAUCAAAUUCAAAUGUUAUGCAUGGAAGUCAACAAAUAGAGCAAUUCCAAACUGAAAAUCUUGAAGAUUUGGGGCAACAGCAAGUUGUUGAACCAGUUUUUGCACAAACCAGUAUUCAUAAUACUCGAGUGAAUGAAGAUACACAGAGGGUAGAAUCUGUUCGACACGACAUACAAGUUACGAAUCAUCAUGCGACUGUUCACGAGGACAAUGUUCCUGCCCAAGUCAGAGCAGAUCCUUAUGAGCCUGUUUAUGUAGAAGAGGUAAUUACAACAACUACUGCAAAACCUGCAUGGUGGAGACGAAUAGGAAAUAAAGUAACGAGUUACUUCAAAAAAUCUUAGAUUUUAAUGUGAUAUUUAGAAAAUAAGGAAAGACAUUGAA